CAGGAACUUCGCCUAUUCACUCUUUCUUGUCGCCUUUCCUCGACUUUCUUACGGCCUCUUUUCUUCUUUUCCUACUCGCCGGGUUUUCGGGUCCUGGUGACACCGUACCCCGUCCAUCCCACCUCCAGUCUAUCCUUGAAACCCUCUGGGCUCCCCUCCAUUGAGGCCUAAUACAAUUCCACAAUGCGUCUUCCGUCUAUUUCCUCGCUUCUCUGCUUCGCGGGCCUGGUCGCCUUACCCGUGAACGCCUACGACGACCCAAAUAUCAAAAGCAUCCCCCUUCGCACCCACAGCCUUUCUCCGCCAUACCUCGAUUCGGAUUUCCAAAGCCGCUGGUUCGACUUCGGAGGAGAUACAGUAAUCCGUGCUGACAAAUACGUCCGCCUCACGGCUGACCGGCCAUCGCAGCAAGGAUGGAUCGCCUCCCGCGUGCCUCUGACCGCAACCAAUUGGCAGAUCGAACUCGAGUUCGAGAUCCACGGCUCCGGCAACUUGCAUGGUGAUGGGUUUGCGCUAUGGCUCACCAAGGAGCGCGCCACGCAGGGCCCUGUUUUCGGUUCAACGGACAAAUUCGAGGGUCUCGGUAUCUUCUUUGACACCUAUAAGAACAACCGCCCUGGUGUGUCGUUCCCUUACGUCAUGGCCAUGAUGGGUGAUGGGCAUACCACCUACGACCAGGCGCAUGACGGCAAGGCAAAUGAGCUGGCCGGUUGCUCUGCUCGUGGCCUUCGCAGCGCCCCCGUUCCCACCAAGGCCCGCCUUACCUACUUCCAAGACAAGUCCCUGUCCCUGGAGCUGCAGUACAAGAGCGAAGACUCAUGGACCGAAUGCUUCAAUCUUUCCGCCGAGGAUUCUAACAUCGCCAUCCCCUCUGUCGCAUACUUGGGCCUCUCCGCCGAGACCGGCGAGCUGAGCGACAACCACGACAUCAUCUCCCUUAAGGCUGAGAACCUGUACUCCCUUAACCGCAGCAAUAACAACAAAGGCAAGACCACGGAAGACCGGUCCAAGGGCCGUGUUCGCUCCUCUCCCAAGCCUACUAAGGAGCCCAAGGAGAAGAGUAGCUGGACUUGGUUCCUCUUCAAGAUCGUGCUGUUCUUCGGCGCUAUUGUCGGUGGUUACUUUGGCUGGACGGUCUACCGGACCAAAGCCCGGUCAUCGCGUUUCUAAAUUUACGUUGUAUGGACGUUUGGCAAGGCGCAGAAUCUAAACCUUUCUUCUGUGCGAUUCAAGUUGGCCUCUGGGUUUGCCCAGUUUCUGUCUGACGAAAGGGAUCUUGCAUGCAUAGCCCGUUUGAAGCUCUUCUUUUUACUCUGAUCUACGUUCAGCUCGCACUCCAUUUUCUGUUAUCUUUUCUCUUCAUCCUUGAAAUGAAUUAAAGUCAUGAUCAUUCAAAAAAGAA